AUGCCGUGUUUCGGUUUGGACGAGAAUGAUAGUUGUCAAAAUAGAUUUCUUCGACCGGGAGAUGAGACCCCUUCGUAUGCCCCAACUCCUGGAUACUUCGACCAUGAGGAUGCAUCUUCCAUUGAAUGUCUGCCACUAGACCGCGAAGAAUCUGUUGACGCACGCAUGUCUCCGUUCUCUCAGACGCAGCCUGACCGUGUCGGGGUUCGACAAACGGUGGAACCGCAAGAAGUAUCUCAUGAACAGCCAUUAGACUGUAUUGAAUACCCCAUCGAGUGGAGACUCACACUUAAUCGCCGAGUCGUAGCCCAGGAUACUGAGCAAAACUUGAUUCAAAUGCCAAGCUUCCAUUGGUCGCGAAUCCAGGCCAGGGCAGAGAAGAUUCUCAGAGGAAAGAUUGCUCGCGAUCGCCGAGUGAGAGCUGACGAUGUGACUGUCGUUGUCUCUGUCAAUGAUCGGUCUCAACGUGAUCUGACUAAACGUUUUGACAGUACAGAUGUGGAUUGGUCCGCCAUUGAAAAGCAACUCCUUAUGUGGGCGAACCUCCAUCGUCUUGGUAAAGAGUUGCGGCUUAAAAUCUCUCUCAACUUUAUUGAAGACAGUUCCCUGCCUUCAAGGUGUGAUAAAAGAGGGAAGUCAUCCGUGACCAAGCGGAUGCUGGCAGAUCGAGACGCACAGAUUGAUGCAGAGGAUGUUUCCGGUCAGCCUUCGGUAUGGCGGGACGUCUAUCAAAAGAUGCGAUGCCCUGGGCCGCCAUGUCGCCACGAAGGUCAGUAUUGUUGGCAAGACCCGGUUGGCAAGAGACACUAUAAACUGCGAACACAUCAAUUGAGAAGCCUCGUGAAAUAUGUGGAAAAAGGCGGGACCCUUGAAACCCACGAUGAUGUCCCUGAUAGUAUCCGUGAGCAACUCUAUACUGAGGAGAAUGAACGAAGGAGAAAGCAAAAAAGUCAUGACUUUGCCCAUAAUGCGCCCGGGCCGUUCUGCCCUCCCAUUAAUAUCACUGUUCUUCCGAACCAAGCAUCCCAGCCGCUAGUCGCUGAUUCCAUUGACUCUGCCACUUACCAUCCGAAAAUAUCAACUCCAGGUCUGAUUGAAAUACCUGGUCUCCACGACGUGGCUGUGGAGGAAUAUAGUGAUUGGCAACAGUCAAGAGUGAGUAGAGAAAAUCUCAAGGAUGAUAUCCGCAAGGCACGAGACUUGGCGCUGGCAAAUGGCCUCGAUCUCCAGCAGAUCCAUGGUGAUCAAAACCCAGAAUUUUUCACGAAGCAAGGCAUCAGCCUGGGCGUAGCGCGCCGAUUCGUUUCUGAAAUCGUUCAAUGGGCCCAAUUAGGCACAAGAGGCCGUGAGUAA